GUUUUCCAGUAAUGCGUUGGCUUACCCAAAACCACUUCUGUAUAAUGAUUCAUUCCUGGAGCAGAAAGCAAGACUAAAUGAUUAUCAGCAAUUCAUCAAAAUUGCUGAAAAAAAUCCAGAGAUGUCUUUCAGGAAAGAUCCAAAGUUCAAUUUUUCUUCAUGUCCCCCAUUCAUUGCAAGGAAAACUACAGGAGUCGAACUGGUCCACUCAGUACUAUCAGCCUACAAUACAGAUCGUCAUGACUAGUGCCAAUAUUAACAAUACGGAAUAUGAACGCUUGAGGAAUUAUCAUAUGCCGUAUGGAUUCUUUUAUAGAAAGAAACUCCAGUUUAAAAAUCUUUUCAAAAUACUGAAACUCUUUUCCAAAGAGGAAUCGAUAUUGGGUUUCGAGAAAAAUGAAAGGCCUCAAUGUGUAAGUUGUGCUGUCGUAGGUAAUGGAGGAAUUCUGAACGGAUCGGGAAUGGGCAAGGAAAUCGAUGAUCAUGACGUGGUCUUCAGAGUGAACCACUGUGUCAGGAGAGGCUAUGAGGAUGACGUGGGUAACCGUACAACACACUACGUGUUCAUGCAUCGGUCCCUUAUGCACACAAACCAAUCUGAUAUACCGACUGACAAGGGUAUCAAGUGGGUUUUCCUGCCUUGUGAAUUACAUGACUAUGAAUACAUCACAGAAGUGGCCAAGGGAUCCAACCCGAAGCAGAAGCUGAAAGCUAAGGCUACAGACAUCAGGCUGCUGCACCCAGACUUUGUCAGAUACAUUCACAAAAUAUGGAUGCGUACAAAGUCAUUCCGACCGACUACGGGUGCAAUGAUGUUCUUUACGGCUCUACAUACAGGAUGUGAUUCUCUCAGUGUUUAUGGCAUGGGAUACAACAAGAAAUAUACAGGAUAUUACUACGAUAGCAAGUUCAGUGCCUAUAGGAAUACUUCAGCAAGCCAUGAUUUUCGAAGAGAGGUCGAGAUAAUCAAAGAAUUAGACCAAGCUGGUGUCAUCAAGUGGUACAAGAGGGACGUCCCUGAAUUUUUAUGAUAGUCAUUAUCAGAGAGAUUCCCGAUUGUAAACAUGCUGUAACCUUUCAAACAUCAUGGAAUACCAUCUGCUUGUGGUAAGCUUUCAGUUGAGAGUCUGCAUGGAAGCAGUCUGUGAGUUUCAUCAGACAUUCGUCGUAGAUGGCGUACUUGCUGAUGCCUGUGCUGAUGCAGCGCAACGAAUCGUAAACAGCCCGGCGCACACUUUCUUAACGAUCCGACGACGACGCGAUUUUCGAAAUAUGAAAGUUCGAAAAAAAAGUCAUAUUAUUUAUAGUUCUGCAAGCAUUGUGGUCGAAGUAAAGUCCAAAUCGACUUCAAGUCGCAGCCGAUAAUGAUGUCAUAACGAUUUCGAAUUGAAUUUACAUUUAUCCCUACUUGGAGGCUCGAAACAGACUGGAAUAACGAUUUUAAAUUUCAUCCCAUUAUUCAGAACUUCGAUCGUUCAGAAAUUAUAAGUUGAAAUGUUUAUAUCAAAUGCUAUUAUAAUUUCUUUUUAAACCAUAUCGCAACGGAUCGUGUAGCGUAUUGUGCUUUAACUUUAUUUAUUAAAUAUUUUUGAGCCAACUGAAAUCCUAGCCUCGUUCACAAAAUGUGACAAAACGCAACACUUUAGAUUGCGUUUCGUUUCCGAAGGCGCUUAAAUUCUUCAUGUGACAGUAUUAUAUAUAUAUAAAGGGUCGUUUUUUAUGGGACGCACGGUAUAAUUUGUUUUUUGUAAUGUGUUUCAUGAAACUUGGCCAUAAGGGUAAUCAAAUAUUACUGAACAUCCUGCCUGAGCUUCAAGUCACAUGACUAAGGUCAAAGGUCAUUUAGGGUCAAUGAAACUUUGGCCAAGUUGGGGUAUUUGUUGAAUUACCAUCAUAACUUUGAAAGUUUAUGGAUUUGAUUCAUAUAAAUUGGACAUAAGAGUAAUCAAGUAUCACUGAACAUCAUGUACAAGUGUCAGGUCACGUGACCAAGGUCAAAGGACAUUCUAGGUCAAUGAACUUUGACCAAGUUGGGGGUAUUUGUUGAAUUACCAUCAUAACUUUGAAAGUUUAUGGGUCUGAUUCAUAUAACUUGGACAUAAGAGUAAUCAAGUAUCACUGAACAUCCUCUUCGAGCUUUAGGUCACAUGACCAAAGUCAAAGGUCAUUUUAUUUUAUUUUUAUUUUUAAUAAGGUCAAUGAACUUUGGCCAUGUUGGAGGUAAUUUUUUAAUUUCUGUCAUAACUUUCAAAGUUUAUGGAUAUAGUUUAUGAAAUGUGGACAUAGGGGUAAUCAAGUAUCACUGACAAGUCUUAGGUCACAUGAUCAAGGCCAAAUGUCAUUUAGGGUCAAUGAACGUAAUAUUGUAUCAUUAUAUGAAUGGUGUUUUUGUGAAUAAUUAUUUCAUAGUAGUUUUCAAAGUCAGCACUGCUGCUAUAUCGAUUCGCGUAAUGCAGGUGAGACUGCCAGAGGCGCUCCACUUGUAUAAUAAAAAAAUGUAUUUAGAAUGCCAAAAAUCCAGGUCGCAUUUGGAGGUAAUUAUUAAAUUGCUGUCAUAUCUUUAUAAGUUUAUGGAUAUAGUUUAUGAAAUGUGGACAUAGGGGUAAUCAAGUAUCACUGACAAGUCUUAGGUCACAUGAUCCAGUGUAUUUUGGAACCAGAUAUGAAUAACAUAAUUAUGUUGCGUUUGGUGAGCUGAAAGUGGGCUAUUAUAGUAUGUGUAGAAUUUGUGGCGCACAUGGGGUGGGGGUGAUGGUUUUGAACAUGUCCAAAUCCUUUAUGCGUGGAUAUAUUAUCAAUCAUAAAAGAUGGCAAUGGAUACACAGGCUUUUUGGUUUUGUUUUGUAUUCAAAUUGUGCUUAUUUCAUGGAUUGUAUUGUGGUUGAUAAUGGGCGUUUUUUAGAGAGAGGUAGUGGUUUGAAGCUAUGUUAGGAUGCUGAGGAUAAGAUCAGGUUUCACUGCCCAUGUAAUCAUUAAUUAAAGAGCAAAGAACGUUUAGCUGGAAAAAGGACAGUUGUUGAUCAAAAAAUUUGGGUGGUGAGAGGAUGCAUUGCCCAUACAGGGCAUACAUCCUCUCACCUUGUGUUUUUUCAGAUUGGAAGUGAAAGUUGGGGUAGUUAGUGUACUCACUUUAGUUGGAGAUGUUUAUGUGUGGAUGUGUCCGAAGUCCUACCCUGCCUGCUAAGUGCGAAGUUAGUGGUGGGCGCAUGGGCGAGGAUCGGCCGAGGCAGGUGCGCGCGCCUGCCCAAUCGCCUAGCCCUAGCUUAAACAAAUUCCAAUCUUAUCAACUAGAAACUUUCACUACAGGAUAAUUUUUGACCGCUUUUUCUGGUAGUGAUAUCAGAUUUUAACGAUAUUAAGUGCUUUCUGAGAUAUACGACCGUCCACGAAAUAUGGUCACGCGCGAAGUAAGGUCACACGACCAUAUAUACUUUUCACUUACCCAUCACCCUGAAUAAUACGGCGAACAAUGUCAAUGAUGACCCACAUAUGCGAUAUGCAGUGUGCACAUACCGUAUGUGAUGCACUAAAUAUAGCUGCGUUUUCUUUUCCGAAUAUUUCCGAAUAAAAAACAUGUACGAUGAUCAAAACGAACAAGAUAAUUCUCAAAUCGGAAAGUACCCGAGAGCAACAAAACCUCUGUACCCGGGGGACGUUGUUUACACUAUGAGAAAAGCUACUAAAAACAACAACGCGUGAGUAUUCAUUGAAAAUAAAGAAUAAUAAGUUAGUUGCUAUUGAUACCCAUUCUUUUGUACGCACAGAUAUCGCCCAACGAUGAAACUUAAACCGGCUUUACGAGUUUUCUUGGACAAUCAUGUUGUGCAUCUUUGAAAGGAAGUGGCUCCCCCCCGAACGUAUUAUGGUACAGGGGUCAAAAAACGUCAUCAAUCACGUGACAUAUAAUAAAAAACCGUAUUUUCUUUGUAAUCAGUUUCAACUUUUUUAAUUUCAAGUCAGUGAUAUGUUAGUUAAACCAUUAAGUGUUGUAUCCAUGUAUUUCCCCUAAAAAUGAAAAAUGCCAACAUAAAAAACGAGCGUUAUUUAGUGACGACAAAGAUUCUGGUAACGAAAGUAUAUGAAAUAUUCCGAAAAAGCUUAAGAUUUGAAGAGCGCCGCACGCGGCGUUCCAGGAACAGAGCGUCAAGACCAAAUGUCAUUUAGGGUCAAUGAACGUGGUAUCUACAUGUAUCAUUAUAUGAAUGGUGUUUUUGUGAAUAAUUAUUUCAUAGUAGUUUUCAAAGUUAGCACUGCUGCUAUAUUGAUUCGCGUAAUGCAUGUGAGACUGCCAGAGGCGCUCCACUUGUAUAAUAAAAGAAAUGUAUUUAGAAUGCCAAGAAUUUGAAUUGAAAUGAUUUAUCAUGUAAUUAUUUGUAUUAUGUUGAAGAAUGAAAAUAAAUUGAAUUGAAU